ACAUGGGGAUAACCUAUAUAUCUGCGAGUAACACUCCAAAACGCUCACAGUGACGGUGCCCAACUCAUACGCAAAUUGAAUUCCUUUAGAACCUCUGGAACCUCCCAUAUGUCAUACGCAAAGCUCGAAUUGCAGAAGCUCGUUCCAGGUGUUAUAGCAAAACCAUGCUUUUAUGCACCGGUUGCUCUUAAUCAUCGUUAUAGGAAGUCUGUUCAUGGCCCUAUAGAGGUCCCGACUACAUUCUAUUUGCCUUUGAGAAAGACGUUUCCAAGCUUGAAGAUUAUUUCCUUGCAUGUUGCUGCUCUCUCAGCUCUAGUGUUGAACAAGCAUUCAAAGGAAGAUAACUUCUUACAGAAUCUGCAAUUCUCACCUUUGAAAAGAGGUUCUUAUAUCCCGAGGGCAUUAAAGGACAAACUCUUCAGUUUCCCACCAUACCCUCCAAUGACAGAGAAGCCAAAAUGGUGGUGGAGGUCUUUAGCAUGUCUACCAUAUCUAAUGAAUUUCUUAGAUCAACUCACUUGGGCCCAUGCUCACCCUUUAAAUAAACCCCCACUAUUUCUCGAGAAUUUUAACAAUCUAGCAUUCCCAUUACACAGCCCCCUUCUAACACUCCCCAAGUUUGUCCUCUCUUGUUACCCUAUCAUGUAUUACAUCUGUAUUGUAAGACGGAAAGAGUGGCCUCAUUUCUUCAGGUUUCAUGUUAUUAACGCGGUGUUGUUAGGAGUUCUGGUGCAGGUGAUUGGAGUAUCAGGCAAUUGGUUCCCCUCGAAGCUCUUCCCUCCACAUUUUUGGUCUGCCUCAUCACUUUUCUUCUUAUUUACGGUGUUAGAGUGUGUGCGGUGUGCUCUUGCUGGUGCAUAUCCCAGCAUCCCUUUCGUGAAAGGUGCUGCUCUCCUACAUUCAGACCUGAACAUCAGAUGAUUGCAUAAAGUUUGGUUAAUAUUAAUAUUAGUAUCAAAGUGUAUUUUACAUUGAAGAUACUUGAUUUGACUGAUAUUUUCAUGGAAUUUACUUUGGAUCACAACGGAUUUAGUAAACAGUGUUUGCUUGCAA